AUGGAAACGUUGGUGUUGAGUGCCUUUGAGAACACGGGUAUAUACCCACUCAAACCUGAUAUCAUACUUGAUCGCUUCAAAAAGUCAACACCACCACCACCUAUGAUGCCUCAAGAGCAAACUAAGCCUCAGCCUGCUUCCUCCUCCCAAUUGGCAACAUUGAUAACAGACCUUGAACAGGCUAUACAGGCUAAGAAGAAGCGGAGUAAGAAAAAGAAGGUGUUACCACUGUCACCGCGCGACCCUAAUGUACAAGGUGGAGCAAUAUUCUAUGAUCCUCUAUCCAAGGCACGUGCUGUAACAGGGUUAUGGUGCUGUAGUGAAGAUGCAGAGAAGAAGGAGUUGGAAGAAGAGGCAGCAAGGGCAGAUAAGAAGCAACUACAGUACAACAACAAGCUUCUAAGAGAGAAGACUAAGGCAGAAAACGCGGAGAAGGCUGCGCAGAAGCAUGAAGAGACUGCUCAAAAGAGGGCCCAAGAAGAGCGUGAACAGCAAGCUCGGAAGGCUGAGAAGGAACGCGUGAGAGAGCUCAAGAAUGCGCAAAAAGCAUCUAAAUUGCCUAAACAGGCAAGGAAGAAAGCCUCAAAGAAAUUGCAGUCAAAAAUAUCCAAAGGUGGUGGUGGUGCAGCAAGGCGUCGUCCACAGGUGGCUCAUGAGCCCAGCUCAGCACCCCAAGGAGUUGAGACCCGUAGUGACUGUGUCACACGUCCUACAGAAAAACUGAGAUAG